CACCGCCACCGAGGAACUUGCCUGCUCGCCUUAUCCAUCCGGGUCAUUUCAAGGUUAAUUGGGAUCGGAGCUAACGCUGGAAUUGUUGACAAUUUGGAGUUGCUUUUGUGACCAUAGCGUUUGCUAUGCCACCAAUUCGCCCACACCAUAAGACACGAAGUGGUUGUAGAACAUGCAAACAACGCAAAGUCAAGUGCGACGAAGAACUCCCUAUGUGCAAGAACUGUACGAGGAGAGGCAUAGAGUGCGUCUGGAUCGAUACCCCACGGCAUGAUUUGGUGGUUCCAGAGACAUCUACCUAUGCUUCAUCGUGUUCACGUGAAAAUCCCCCUUCCACGAUAUCGAGGUGUACUCGCACAGGUUCAUUCGACCUGCUGACUCUCGAAUUAAUCCACCACUUUGCCACCGCUACUUCGCACUCAUUUUCUUCUGAUCCUGCUACGGCAAAUGUUUGGAGAACCAUUGUUCCCAAAAUCGCGUUCGAUCCUAGAAACCAGUGUCUCCUCCACGCUAUUCUCGCCAUGUCGGCACUUCAUGCUCACCAUGCUGAUCCCACGGCAGGUCAUUAUGCGGUAGCCGCGAGCAACUACCACUGGCAGGCCAAAACAGAGUCACACAGGGCAGAAAUGGACGGGAGGAUGGAUGUUCAUGCCAUCUUUAUCACCUUGUCUCUUAUCGCCCUCUAUGAGUUCGCAACGGCAUCCAUAGUCUCCUUAUACUCCGAAUCGAAUGAAUGGCACACUAUGAUCCGAACUAUGUCCGCCAAGGUUACAAGAGUCUGGCCACAGCUCUGGAAUGGUGUUCUGCGUCCGAUGUUGGGUACCCUGGCACCAACAAUCAUAUCUACACCUCUGGAAGAACCAUUCCCAUCACCCUUGUCGACGCUUUUGAGCACCGCGGACUCACCACCAGACGUUGAAGAGCUGCACGAUGUAUCGGUGUACGCCACGUAUAAAGAUUCAAUACGUAUCUUCCAGAAGUCAUGGACAGCCUCAUUCCAGAAAGACUACUGCAUGCAUGCAUCAGGUAUCUGGUGGUCACAGGUACCCAAUACAUUCUUUCGCCUGUUGGCCGAGCGGAGACCUCGUGCACUCAUCAUCUUGGCACAUUACUGCGUUAUGAUGAAACGGAUGGCUGAGGAUGGCCCGUGGUGGGUGAGAAAGCAGUGGGGCAAUGAGGCAGCAAGGAUUGUUUCUGCGCUUGAUGCGCGAUGGUCACCCUGGCUAGGAUGGAUUUCGAAUCAAUUGGAACAGCCAUGCGAAGGUCAAGCAUUCGACGUUGCAAUUAUGGAUUCCACAAAUCUGUUCAGUGAGGCGGGAUCAUUAAUGCCUCCUGCACUGAGUACGGAUCUCAUGAAUUGGCCUCUAGAUACCCUAGGACAAUAUGACGUUUAGAAUAUCUACUAGUCUGCAAUAUAUCGCCGAUAGAUACGAAUUUGCUAGUGGUAUAAUUGAUUCCUCCGUCUACUUGGUCAACGAAC